AUGGCAGGCUCUUCCAGCAGGUGGGCAUGGAACCAGCAGACUGAUCAAAGUCUUCGAGAGAGAGGCCAAUGGGCAAACAAGACAGAGUUUCUGCUGACUGUAAUCGGACUUAUCAUUGGGCUUGGAAAUGUCUGGAGGUUUCCAUAUCUUUGCUAUAAAAAUUCCUUAGGGUCUUUUUUCAUUCCAUACGUCCUGUUCCUGCUUAUGUGUGGUAUCCCGCUUUUUGUGCUUGAGAUAUCAUUGGGUCAGUACACCAGUCAGGGAGGCAUCACUUGUUGGAGAAAGAUCUGCCCUCUUUUUGAAGGAAUUGGCUAUGCCAGUCAACUUAUAAUUGUCUAUAGCUGCAUCACCUACAUCAUCAUCAUAGCUUGGGCCUUCCUUUACCUUUUCUUGUCCUUCAGUGUAGAACUGCCAUGGGCCAGCUGCAACAAUCUGUGGAACACAGAUGCAUGUACUGUGCUUGGUGGCAAGAAUUCCAGUUCAGAGUGGACGUCCCCUCUCAAUGCCACAUCCUCAGUGUUUGAGUUCUGGCGUUACAGAGUUUUGCGAAUGUCCAGCGGGAUAGAGAAUUUAGGGACAGUAAGUUGGGACUUGGCGCUUAUUCUCUUGCUUGUCUGGAUCCUGGUCUACUUCUGCAUCUGGAGAGGCGUGAAAUCUACUGGGAAGGCAACCUAUUUCACAGCAACAUUCCCUUUUGUUAUGCUCCUGAUCUUGCUCCUACGAGGGGUAACUCUGCCUGGUGCCAUCAAUGGAAUCCACUAUUAUAUGUACCCAAAUCUGACACGGCUAGCUGAUCCACAGGUAUGGAUAGAUGCUGGUACACAGAUCUUCUACUCUUAUGCAAUAUGUCUUGGAUAUCUCACCUCUCUCGGAAGCUACAACAAAUAUAACAAUAACUGCUAUAGGGAUUCCUUCUACCUUUGUUUGUUGAACAGUGGUAACAGUUUUUUGGGGGGGGGGGGGUUUGCCAUUUUCUCUGUUCUGGGUCACAUGGCACAGGAACAGGGGGUGGAUAUAUCCCUUGUGGCUGAGUCUGGUCCAGGACUGGUGUUUAUAGUGUACCCUCAGGCAGUGACAAUGUUGCCAUGGUCUCAGUUCUGGGCUGUACGUUUCUUUACCAUGGUCAUACUCUUGGGUUUGGACAGCCUGUUUGUUGGACUAGAGAGCAUAAUGACAUCAGCGACAGACAGUUUUCCCACUGUGUUGAGGCGUGGCUUCUGAAGAGAGAUGCUGCUUCUAGUGGUCUGCCUUUUCUGCUACCUGAUGGGCCUCUUCAUGAUCACAGAGGGUGGCCUAUAUAUCAUUCUGUUGUUUGACCAUUACGUAUGCAGUGGAAUCACUCUCCUGUUCCUUGCUACCUGCCAGUCUGUGGCCAUUGGCUGGGUAUACGGUGCUGACCGAUUAUAUGAGAAUAUAGAAGAUAUGAUUGGAUACAAGCCCUGGCCUAUGUUGAAGUAUUGCUGGCGCUAUUUCACACCCACUGUCUGCAUAGGCACUUUUAUCUUCUCUCUCGUCAAGUACAGUCCCCUGAAAUUGAAUAACACAUAUGUGUAUCCAUGGUGGGCAUAUGCUUUUGGCUGGUUCCUGGCUGUAUCCUCUCUUUCCCUUAUCCCCCUCACCAUGAUAUACAAACUGUACAAGGGGCAAGGGACAUUGUGGAUGCGUUUCCAGUUGGCAUGCACUCCAGCACAGGAUCUGCCUCAGUCUCAGAGACGUUCAGCACAUCAUUACACUCUGUCAACAUGUACUGACAGACAAAAGACAACCAACAACCUUUAGUGCUCAAA